CGUUCGCGCCACUGCCAGGAUGCCGAGCUGGCCCGACAGCGAGUCGACGCAGGACCAUCUCUCGGACCUCACUGCUAUGGAUUAUGCACCGGAGACUUGCGAGGACAUCAGUUUUGCGGGCUUAGCCGUUGGAUGUGGUCUCCGUUGCCGCGUUCACAACUUGGAGCCCAACAAAUGUGUAGCAUUUGAAGGGACAAACACAGGGAGGAGGUUCUACAUGUGUUCUGUGGCCAAUCAUGUCAUGAACUGUGGAUUUGUUGGAUGGGUAGAUGAAGAGUGGCCAGAAACCAUGCAAAGUGCACUGACGAGGCUCUGGUCAAUGUACCAUGAGAGCCACAGUCAGAGAAUAGAUGAGAGGCUUGAGAAUGCAAGAUUGAUGCAAGUUGUGGUUGAUGAGAAGAACAAGGCUAAGAAUAACUACAAUAGCCUGAUGGCUGAUGUUAGCAAGAUGAUGGAAACUACUCAGAAACAAUUGAUGGCUGAUAACCUGAAGAAGAUGAAUGAAGAGAAGGAAUACAUAUUUGACUUGACCAGGGCAGAACUUGAGGCUGAGGUGAUUAAGCUGAAUGAGAAGGUUGCAGAGAUGGAGACGGAGAAGAGUCGGUAUUUGGAGAUGAAAGGGAAGUGGGCGAAAGAAAUGGAAGAUCUGAAGGAGCAGAAGAAGAAGGCAGAGUAUACCUUGUUUGAUGCCGUGAAAGUUAGCUUUGCUAACAAAGAGAAGCUGGCGAAGAUCAAAGAGAUUUGUGCUGACAUGUAGUACUUGUAAUAGGUAGCACUAUUAUGAGUUGUAUCGGUGGCUGAACAAUGUGAUAUUUGUCGAUGUGUAAUGUGCUCAAUGAACCAUGUGUAAUGUGCUCAAGUUGUACUGAUGAAUCUGAACCCUGAAUGUCAUGUGUUGUGUGUUAAAUUUGUGUUGACAAAAGCUA